UCUAGCACUCCUGUGCUCUCCGAGAGCUGGGGGGGCUAUAAAAAGAGGUGGCACCGGCCGGCUGGGAGGCAGACAGGCGAAGGCCACACAAGGGUACCCAGGAAGGAAGGAGAAGACUCAGAGGCCAUCAGACCACCUCUUGUCCAACAUCAGCAUGGGCUCCUUCUGCACAGUCGUCCUGGGCAUCCUCCUCUUCCUGGCCGUUCAGCUCCCAGGUCAAGCCAGCGCGAACCCUGUGUAUACCUCCAUGUCCAACGCGGACCUGAUGGAUUUCAAGAGUUUGCUGGACCGCUUGGAGGACAAGAUACCUUUACAAGACGAGGCCGUGCCCCUCCCAGCCCUGAGCGAACAGACGGACGGGGACGGGGUGGCUCUCAGCCCCCUCGCUGAGGUGCCUCCCUGGGCCAGAGAGGCCGGCCCAGCCCAGCAAGAUGGAAGUGUCCUGGGGAGAGGCUCCCGGGAGGUCUCGGAGAGAUCUGCUCUCCUGAAAAGCAAGCUGGGGGCACUGCUCACUGCCCCUCGGAGCCUGCGGAGGUCUAGCUGCUUCGGGGGCAGGAUCGACAGGAUUGGAGCGCAGAGCGGCCUUGGGUGCAACAGCUUCCGGUACCGAAGAUAAUGGCCAGCGAAGAGGAGGGGUCGGCCCGGGAGAUACGGACACCCUCGCCGGCUGGGACUUCCACCCAGCCUCGUCCCAUCGCGCAGCUGUGGAGCUGACACGCACCUGUUCCAGCUUCGGCUCGCUGUCAGCGCCGCUCACAUUCUGUGCUAAACAUAGAGACAAUGGAGUCAUUGUCGCCCCUGCCUCUCCCACUCCCGUGUGGUUGCGUUAACUUGUAGAACACACCCCACCUGCUACUGAGAGCCGUUUGAAACAAACAUGAAUAAAUGUCAGCACCACGGACAGAA